AUAAUGAGAAAGAGGAGAAGGAAGAGGAGGAGCAUAUUGAUAAGAUGAUGAUUAUACCCCAGAUAAUAAAGUCUAUCUCAAUGAGGAUGGUAUCUUCUGAGAACCACCACCACCACCACUACCAGCAGCACCAGCAGGAGGAGGAAGAGGAUGAUAGAUGUAUACAUCAUAGAGAGUUCUCUAAUGACAUUACACUACAACAACAGCAGCAACAGCAGCAGCUUAUUAUACAUAAGCUCAUAGACAAGAUUGUGAGAUUUGAAAUCUCAGAUUUCGUGUGUGAGGGUAUCACUUAU